AACCUGCCCACUUUGUUUUAAAUACCGUGUCUCAACAUUGAGGAGAACUGAACUGACAAACCUUACCAGAACAGCAUCAUGAUCAUCUCGUUGCUUUUGUUGGGCACUCUACUGCCAUAUCUGACACUCACAGCUUAUGUGAAUGUAGGUAUAGUAAAUGGUACAGAAGCAAAACCACAUUCCAGACCCUACAUGGUUUCUGUCCAAAUAAAUGGGAAACACAGUUGUGGUGGCUUCCUUGUGUCUAAACAGUUUGUCAUGACAGCUGCACAUUGUUUUAAAGAGGGGACAGGGGACAGCAUUGGGGUACCUCUGACAGUCGUGGUGGGAGCUCAUGAUCUUAACAGUGGUUCUAUGCGCAGUUCUAGCCGCAUAAAUGUUAAGCAGUGUAUCCUAACUGCCAAUCCUGCAUAUUUGUAACUUCACUUCUACAGAACAAUAUUUAGUUUCUAUCAAUCAUUUUGUUCUAUUCCAGUUUUAUGUUCUAGUAUCUAGAUCUAAUAUGGUUGACCAACCUGGUCUCAAAUCACUAUCCCUACAUUUUUGCAAAAUUACUUUUACUUGGCUCGUUGUACUUAUCGUGACAGUUUCCUCGUGUAAUAAACGAUAGAGGCGCUACAACAACAAUUACUUUUAUUCUCUUUCACAUAGAUCUCGAGUAAAACGGCAGAUCAUCAGUUCAUAAACACUUUUCGCUCUUUUCCUCACACAUUGCUAUCUUAUGACAGCAAAACACUUUUACUAUAGCGCGUGACUUGUAAGGCGAUACAUUUUAACGUUUGCGUGACAUAACAAUCUACAUUUAUAAGCUUUUUCAAGUGAGAUCAAACUGUGUGGUAGCUCAACUGAUAGAGCCUUUUUUAUUUAAAGUACUAGGGUACAAGUCCUCAAGAGUACACAAGUCAACACUAGAGCCAAAAGUGACGUGGUUUCUUGCGCAAUUGCAUUUUUAAUCUCACAAUUGCUUUUUCUGACACUAUAAGUAAGGUUUUGGUUUAAGGAUUAGGCUAGGGAGGUAGGUUUUGUUGAUUAAAAAAAUCGAUAGAUCAUUAAAGGUGUUUUCAUUGUAUCACUGUAAUGUUGCAAUAUAUGUAGGAAAUCAUGACCACUCACAUUAAAUUGAAGACUCCAGUCAUAUCAGUAACCUUAUAAAAGCUGUUUUAUUCUACAUGGAGAAGGUCCGCACAUGAAGGCUGCCAUAUUAGAAUCACAUGACCAGCUGAAUUCUACUGCUUAAUCUCAGUAACCAUCCUGUUAUUUGACACUUUCACUCAUUGAUUAAAGUGAUCAUGACUGACUGUGAAUACUAAAUUUCUACAAUGGCAUCUGAAACUGAAAAUUAUUGAUUUUAAAUGAUGCUGCAUCCAAGCCUCUAGGUGUCAGUGUAAGUCCAAGAUGACACAAAGAUAAAAGUUACUUUGUGCACCUUUAACCUUAAAAACCUCACAUGUUUGGGCGAACCGUCAACUCGAUUUUAGCGACACACUGUGGACAUUUCACCUCAGAACUGCCGCAAUGUGUGUAAUCAACCACAUAAUGUCAUUUAUGUGUUUGCAAAAAAAUUUUGCCAUAGUCACGUAAUUUUCAUGAAAUCAGGUUGGAUUUUAGAAAAGCAGUUUUUUCGACAUCUGAGUAAAAUAAGGUCUGUGGUUAACUUUACUUGAAGAGAAUUUCAUGUUUUGUUAUACAUUCUAAAUCACAAUCAACGCAAAUUCUGAAGGUGCUGUUCUGAAGUAGCAACUUGCUUAAAAAUCACAGCGGCUUAAAAAUUCAGGUUUGAAAGACUCUUUAUUAAUGUUUAUGUCUGAACAGCACUAUUUAUGGUCAUUCAGAACCCUAUCAGUUUCAGUGAUUUUAUUGUUGAUUUCAGCU